AUGGGAAAGGCUCAAGAUCUGCAACCGCACAUCAUAGUUAAAGGAGGUGAAGAAGUUAAUACACUUGAGUUUGAGAAAAUCACCCACCAAGCAACAAUAUCUCAGCUCAAAGAUUUUACAUGGUGGGUUCGUAUGGCCAUCUAUAAACUGUUUGUCUUCUCUGGCCAAUCAGCAGCUAUACUCUUGGGACGACUGUACUAUAACAAAGGUGGAAAAAACUUAUGGAUGGCAACCCUGGUGCAAUUCAUAGGGUUCCCAAUCCUAAUCCCUUACCGCUGCAUCUUAUCAUCCAAAAAGAUUGCCCUUGACCGCAAUGUGAACCAGCCGGAUGCCUCGGCACUUGCAUUCAUGUAUCUUUCUUUUGGUGUGUUACUAGCAGCAGACUGCUUUCUGUAUUCUAUAGGUCUAUUGUACCUUCCAGUUUCUACCUUUUCGCUGAUUUGUGCAUCCCAGUUGGCCUUCAAUGCUUUCUUCUCCUUCUGCCUUAAUGCACAGAAGUUCACCCCUUGUAUAGUCAACUCUUUAGUUAUUCUCACCAUCUCCUCCACCUUGCUUGUGUUUCACCCCAACUCGGUAAACCUCACUGGAAUCUCCAAAGAGAAGUAUACAGUCGGAGUCAUUUGCACGGUUGGUGCAUCUGCCGGGUAUGGUUUGAUGUUUUCCUUCACACAGUUCUCCUUUGAAAAGGUUCUAAAAUCGCAAACAUUUGUAACUGUCUUAGAAAUGAUAAUCUAUGAGUCGCUCGUAGCAACCUGUGCUACCCUAGUGGGACUCUUCAUCAGUGAAGAAUGGCAGGGUUUAAAGAGAGAGAGAUGGACGAGUUUGAGCUGGGGAGGUCAUCCUAUUUUCUGA